GAAAACCAUCAGACGAUAGUCCUCCUAUGACGACAGCGAAUGGUCUCCUGAAAUUCCACAUCAGAGCAUUGCAAUUCUUGAUUGGUGCUAAAUAAGUAUAGUUGUUUGAAAAAUAUUUCAUCCAUACACAAUUAUUAGGUGAUUCCAACUCCUGAUUUCUACGUGGAUUGUAAGCUUACCCUGUUAUUCCGUACAACACACAUUGUAUGCUAAAGAUUUAAUCGUCAGUUAUCAACAAGAUUAACUUACAACAACAAAACCAAGCGUACACGUAAGUGCAACAGUGGAAGGUCAUAAACAUUUCAACAAUGACAGAAACUGAAGGAAUGCAAGAAACCUUACCAGAAGAAAUAUCUUCAGAACCUACAUCAUUACAGCGCGAAAGUCGCAUCAAGCAGCCACUCAUAUGGAGAAAUAUAAUAGCUCUUACAGUGCUACAUAUUCUUGCAGUUUAUUUGUUAGCCAUGAAUUGGUCCAAAGCAACAAUAUGGACAUGGAUUUUUAGUCCGCUGUAUGGAUUCUCAGCAGGAUUGGGAAUAACAGCUGGAGCUCAUAGGCUUUGGGCGCACAGGAGCUACUCGGCAAAACUGCCUCUGAAAAUAUUUCUUGCGUGUCUCUAUUGUGGAGCUGGUCAGACACAUCUUACUAAAUGGAUUCGUGAUCAUAGAACCCAUCACAGAUUCACGGAAACAGCUGCGGAUCCUCAUGAUGCCAAUCGAGGAUUUUUUUUUUCCCACGUUGGUUGGCUUAUGAUGAAAAGACAUCCAGCGGUCAUAAAAUAUGGAAGUAAAAUCGAUAUGAGUGACAUUCGAGCUGAUGGUGUUAUCCAAUUCUUUGAUAAGUAUUAUGCUCCUAUCAUGGUAUGGUUAACCUUCAUCAUGCCUACCUUACUACCGGUUUAUAUUUGGCACGAAAGCUGGAACAUCAGCAUCUAUGCGGUGAUAAUUAGGUACGUGUGGCUUCUAAAUGCAACAUUCUCCGUCAACAGCUUCGCUCACAUGUGGGGUAAUCGGCCGUAUAACAGCAAGGUGAAACCUACAGAAAACCCAACAGUAUCCGUUUUUACCUUGGGCGAAGGCUGGCAUAAUUACCAUCAUGCAUUUCCUUGGGAUUAUAAAGCAUCUGAAUUGGGUGCUUAUUUUUUGAAUGGUUCUUGUGCAUUCAUAGAAACAAUGGCAAAGUUAGGACUUGCAUAUAACCUGAGAACUCCACGAAAAGAGACUGUUGAAAAACAGUGCUUGACUAAGGGCGACGGAACGAAGAGCCUGUGGGAUGGUGAAUAUGAUGACCGAGGCGCAAAAGAAACGGUCACCCUCAUCCACUUCAGCACCACUAAAUUUAUUAUAAUGGAAAUGAGGUGGAUAACCAUUGUCUCACUAAGUUCGUUGAAUAUACGACAUUUCUAGCUGGUCCUCUGGCAAAGUAAAUACCUACCUGGUGCCUACCUGGUAAAGUAAAACGGACACAAAAUUUAUGUGACAAGCAUCAAAACCGAUUUCUUCGUCGAGACAGUAGAAAUAAAAUAUGAAAUAUUCAGGUCAAAUGUGGCAAUAGUCAGACGUACAAAUUAAUAACAAAAUUUCUAAUCAUAAUUUCACGAGUUGGUUCAUGUUACUGAUUCUAUUCUAUUUAAUUGCCUAUUUUAUUUUAUAAGAGAUUAAAGAAAUAACGUAUUUUCAACCGACUUGGUGAGAUAUUGUGUCCCAUGACAUUCCGUUCCGUUGCAGAAAAUUCUUCACCAAUAUCUGAUGAUUAUUCCGUUAGUAGUAUAAUCUGAUUGCGGAUUACUCACAUUGCGUUGUGAUUGCCGAUGUUACCAAGCUGAUACCUGCAAAUUUCUGGAAACAGAUUACAAAAAUAUUUCGUUAUUUCAUGCAAUAAUAUCUUUAGUUGGCUAUUAUGAAAUGGAAAAAAUUUGCAAAUCAAUCGCUCACCACACGCUGGAGUUCAGCCAAUUAGCGAACAAUAUACGUAGAAAAAUUAUCUCAAUCCUUAUACUUAUUAUGUUUUCUUUCCCAAAAGUGGACACGAGAAGUAAAAACCAGUCAGAAAUUUUAACAUGCCUUACCUUCACUACGAAAGAAAAAAAUAUACCCUACACAUGAUUCUUAAAUGUGGAAUUAAUUGACAGUUUUUGCUGUAAUAAUAAACGACGAUAGAAAUGUUUGUGUUAACUUCAUAUAGAUUUCUGUACGAUCUGUAAAGUUUUAAUAAAAAACUAACAA